AAUGCAUUCAAGAUGGCGGGAUUUCGUGAAGCAAAACAACACUUUCCGUUGCAGAAAAUUCAAGAUGUUGUGGACUUAUUUAAAGACCAGUUAGAACGAGUAGAUGAAAUUGAUUUAAGCUUGCUUUCAAUUGUUUUAGGGACUAUAGAAAAUGCGCUGACAAUUAAUAGAUCACACGCAUUAAACAGAGAAAAUGACUCAAAACUUCAGCCGAUUUUCCCUAUCAUUGAGUGGGAGACAAUCGAUGUUUUACGCACAAAAUUUGUUACUCAGGUUAAAUGUGCCGUAGACCUUUCACUGUAUCCAGACAAAUUUGCGACAAGGGAAUUGGUGAAGAAAGUUUCGGAUGUCAUCUGGGGAGGGUUGACAAGAGCUUUUUACAAGGACAGGGCACAUCUGCAAUCUCUGUUUAGUUUCUUGACAGGAAAUAAAUUAGAUUGUUUUGGUGUAGCAUUUGCUGUUGUGGCAGCAUUUCAAGUCCUUGGUUAUAAUGAUGUGCAUCUUGCUCUGUCAGAAGAUCAUGCUUGGGUCGUGUUUGGGGAAAAUCAAGAACUUUCAGCUGAGGUUACAUGGCAUGGAAAGGGUAAUGAGGAUAAGAGAGGUCAACCAAUCAACCAGGCAGUAUCAGAGAAACAUUGGUUAUACUUGAAUGGUCAGCCUGUUUUGUGUACUAAGGAGAUGGAAGUAGCAGCAAUAGUUUCAGCCAUUAAUCCAUCCAUUACAGCUACAAUAGACAGUGUAGAGAUGGGUUCCCUUCAGCAGGAACUGCUGUGGCUGUUAUAUGAUAUGGGACAUCUUUCUAAAUAUCCCAUGGCUCUUGGUAACCUGGGCGACCUUGAGGAAAUAUGUGAGAGUCCUGGAAGGCCUCCACCUAUUACACUAUUUGAAGAGGGAGUACAGUCUGGUAUUAAGUUUUACAAUGAUCAGCAUAUCUAUCCAUAUACGUACCUUGGUGGACACCUGUACAGAAUUGGUAACUUUAGAGAGGCUCUACAAGCAUGGGCCAAUGCCUCAAAUGUUAUUAAACAGUACAAUUACAACAGAGAAGAUGAGGAAAUCUACAAGGAAUUUAUAGAAAUCGCCAAUGACUGGCUGCCGAAUAUUAUGAGGAAUAUAGCAACAGAAAAUGCUGCAAGACUGAAAAGAAAUUCCUUAUUGUAUGAUACAGAUGCAUAUGCAAAUUUUCUGAAGUUUUAUGAUGGUAUCUGUAAAUGGGAGGAAAACAGCCCAACACCAGUAUUACAUACUGUAUGGGCCAAGCAGUUUGUAUACUCCCUUGGAAAGUUUGAUUCACGUGUCAGAAAAUGCAUGCAGAUACAUGCAGAAGGAAUGGAGGAUGAAUCUUCUAGUUCAGACUCUAGUAGUGAGGAUGAAAAUCAAGAAAACUGUGAUGUGAAUGGGAAUGGUGUAGUGAAAGAUGAUGUUAAAAAAAGUCGUGGUCGGAAACCGAAAGCAAAAAAGAGGAAGUUAAAUGAGCAAAAACUUGGAAAUGGGGUCCAAGAUGGGUCAGGGGAAACAAAAGUAAAUGGGAACAACGCAGAAGAACAGAUCAAAAACACUAUCGAGGAACUUGUUUCAAAAGUUGGUGAAUCAGAUAGUCAAAGGGACACACCUCCUAAUCCAAAUUUAGCGGCACUAGCUCAAGCUUGCAGCGAGUCAAUUCUGAACCCAGAUUACUUGUUGACAGGUGGCGAGCCUUUCACAACAGCUACAACCAGAUCAACACCAUCCUCAACAAGUGACAGGGUCAAUGUGGACGUGAAUGAGUUUCUAAGUUCAAAGUCAAAUAGUACCCAAUUUGUGGGUAUGACAGUUGACUCUAUGCUGAAGGCAGAAAGUCCAGCAGACAUGAUGAUGUUUAGAAAGCCGCCAGACAGUGCGCCUUCAUCAGAAGAGGUUCAAACCCCGUACACAACCCCUGAGCCAACUGAGGCAAAUACAAAUUCAGAGGUUGAUGCUAUAACGUCAGGGUGUGAAACUGGAGGGGAAGAUAAGUUAAAUAACAGUUUUGCGAUAGUUACACCUGAUCCAGUUGACCUACUUUUAGUCAGUCAAAAGAUGAAAGGUUUAAGGAAAUUGCUGUCAUCACUUAAACUGAACUCAAGUGCAAUAACGCUACAGUUAACAGCUCAGUCCCAGACCAGUUUUAAGCACAGUCGACGAGGAACUGGAGACUUUGAUCUUAUCCAUUCGCGGAAAAGGUCAAGGCGUGAAAUGUUUUGAUAUACAGGGUCAUGAUUUCUAUUAGCAGCUUUUAUAUUGUUCAUGUAUAUAUUGUUAUAAGUUUGUUAGCAGAGUGUAAAUGGUUACUUGCACUGGACAGGAGGGGGGCGGGGGUUAGUACUAUUGCAGAAGCCAGGAAAAAUUAUGAACUUACAUAUAAAAAAAAAGAAACACGCAAAGACAAACUGCAUGUAUGUGCAAAUAAAGGGGAGUCCUUGCCAGGAUUUAUUAUGAACAUAAGUCACUAAUAUGUGCCAUUUUUAGCUCACCUGUCACAAAGUGACAGGGUGAGCUUUUGUGAUCGCUUUUCGUCCGGCAUCCGUCCGUCGUCCAUCCGUCCGGCGUCCGUAAACUUUUACUUUAAAUGACAUCUCCUCAUAAACCGCUGAGCCAAUUUCAUCCAAACUUCACAGGAAUGUUCCUUUGGUGGUCACCUUUAAAAAUUGUUCAAAGAAUUAAAUUCCAUGAAGAAAUCUGGUUGCCAUGGUAACCGAUAGAAAAAACUUAAAAUAUCUUCUUAUAAAAAACCCAAAGAGGUAGAGCUUAGAUAUUUGGCAUGAAACAUCUUCUAGUGAGUGUCUAUCAAGUUUGUUCAAAUAAAAGCCCUAGGUUAAAAUUGGCCCCGCCCCGGGGGUCAUUGUUUUUCCCUAUAUGCAUAUAGUUAAAACUUAAAAUAUCUUCUUUUAAAGAACCCAAAGAGCUAGAGCUAAGAUAUGUAGCAUGAAACAUCUUCUAAUGGGUGUCUACCAAGUUUGUUCAAAUAGAAGCCCUUGGGUCAAAAUUGGCCCUGCCCCGGGGGACAUUGAUUUUCCUUAUAUGUGUAUAACAAAAACUUAAAAAAUCUUCUUUGAAAAAAACCAAAUAGCUAAGGUUUAGAUAUUAAGCAUGAAACAUCUUCUAGUGAGUGUCUUCAAAGUUUGUUAAAAAAAAAAGCCCUGGGGGCAAAACUGGCCUUGCCCUAGGGGUGUCAUUGCUUUGAACUAUAUGUGUAUAGUUAAAACUUAAAAAAUCAUUUUUUAAAAGACUCAACGAGCUUAAGACCUUAGAUGUUUAGCAUGAAACAUCUUGUAAUGAGUGUCUACCAAGUUUGUUCAAAUAAAAGCCCUGGGGUUUAAACUGGCCCCACUCUGGGGGCCUAUAUACAGGUGAGCGACUUCAGGGCCGUUUAAGUCUUUGUCUUUCUUUUUAAUCUGUUUUAUGAAUGAAGACAAAGUCCUGUUGUUUUUUGUUUUUUUAUGCUCCCUAAAUAAAGGGGCAGGGGAGUAUACUGAGAUGAAGAGAUCCUUUCUUUCUUGAGAAAGUAUAAGCUGUGGUUUAAUUAACUUGGUAUGAACAUUAAGCAUGGCCAGUAGAAUAAUCUGUCUCGACUUUGAGGUAAUUAGGUCAAAGGUAAAGGUCAUAGUGACACUUUGAAACUAUUGUCUUAUCAAUAAGUUGAGACAUAAUAAUGAGUAAGUUUGUGCAACUUGGUAUGGACAUUCCUCAGUUAAAGGUUAGUGAAACUUAAAAAUUAUAUUUAUAUAUUACUUAAUAAUAUAACUCUUGCCUUUAUGAAAUAUGCUUAAGUAUAUAAAUAUGCCACUGUUACAGGCAAAAAAGAAUAGGGGCAUAUUUCUAGUUUCUGUUUAAAACAGUUCAUAUAUGAGAAAAUCUAAGAUUACUGAAGUAGGGGUCAAACCUAGAUAUAGUAGUCCCAACAAAUAUUAAGAUACAGGGUAGUUUUAAAAAAAAAAUUACUGAACAAUUUGUAAAUAUUCACUAUUAACUACCUACAUGUGCUAUAAUUAUGUAUAUUAAUCGUAUCACAUUGUAUGUGAUAUGAGAUAAUAAUCGUUAAGAGUUAAUUAAUUUUUCAUGUUUAAUUGAAUUUAAUUGUUCUUUUAUAUCUCCACUCUGCUUUAUUCUUGUAAGGGGACCAGCCCUUAAUUUGGAAAAUGGCAUUAAUAGUCUUAGGGAUAUCAGUAUUAAAAUACUAAUGUUGUGCAACAAUACCUAAGACUAUAUGGAAAGGUGUGUUACCAUAAUCACCAGAGAAAAGGUUAGAUAAUUCAUGCAGAUAUUUGUUGUAAAAAUCUGUUUCUUUUAAAUUAUUCUUUAGUCUUAGAUUUAAGAGGGGGAAACAAAGAUGGUAGUUUCAAGAUGAGCUGUGUAUGUAUGUUGAAAACUUCUUGUAAAGGGAAUGUGUUUAUGAUAUACUUUUAGUGUGACCUUUAUGUAUGGUAGUGUAAAAAGUAGAUGAAUGUUUUAUAAAAGCGGACUGAGUGGGGGUCAUUAGCGAUCUGUGUGAUAGAUUGAAUGUUUGUGAAUGUCCGUCCAUCCUAAUGUUUUAUUCAAUGCCAUUUUUCUUGAAUUUAUGGAUGAUUCUCUGUAUUUUAAGACAAAUGAAUGCAAGUCUCUGUAAAAAAAAUUUCUUUGUUAUUGUUUUUUUGUAAAUCCGAGGUAGAUUGAAUGAGUCUGGUGUAAAAUUGUAUUUGUUAUAACUUUUGUCUGGAUUUUAAUGAAUGGUAACAAGAUGUUCAACAAGUUGAUUAUAAUUUUGUCUGUACUGAAUCAUUUAAGUGUUGAUUGGUUAAGCAUGAAUGGUUUAGAGAUAACUGAAUGUUAUUUCUUUAAACAAGGCCUUAAUAAUAUGAGAAUAUAGAAUCUCUGUUGGUGCAAUUUCAUUUUUCUUUUUUAAUUGUAUAUAUAGUUGUUCUAUGUAUAUUUUGAUUUCAAAAUGUAUUUCAUGUUGUUUUUACCUUGUCUGUUUCGAAGAAAUAGACAAGCUAUUAUGAUUGCUGUGGCGUCAUUUGCAUUGUCGUGCUAAAACUUUACUCAAACAAUUUUAAAGGUAUCAAUAUGAAAUUUGACAUAAAGCUUGAAAUACUUGUUUGCUAAGGCAAAGGCACAGUUGAGAGACAAGAGGCGUUAUUCUGAAUGCUUUAUUUUUAGAUUUAUGCCCUCUUUUAAAGUUAUAAUAUUUAACAAAAUUUAUUAUUUAUUGUUGUUCCUAUUUACAGAUGAGCGUUAACACUGCAUGCAGUGCUCUUGUUUUAUCAAGUUAUGUAACUGGUGAUAAACUAGUGACUGCUACAGGUUAACUCCCUUGGCAGUAUUUAUCAGUAUUUUAUGUCAGAAAUGCUCACUGUAUUGAAUGAAGCUAUUUACUGCAGAAUUUAAUGUUGAUGCUUCCCAUUUAUGUGGAACUUUGUUAGGGCAUUUAUACUAUUUAUUAAAACAAAUUUCUGUUAUCUGAUAAUAAGAAUGGUAAAUAAACAAUUAUUCAAUUUGAACGCCAGUAUGAUAAAACGACCUUUAACGUCUUUAUGUAAAAGACGUCGGAAGACGUUAACAUUGUCAGUGGCGUUAAAAAUAAAAAAGUGAAAUUUCUCUUGAAAUGUUAGGUAAGAUGCAAGGAGCUUUAUUUUAAGUCAGUAUACAAAUUAUAAGAAACACUAGCUAAUAAGUUAUUUACUGACAAUAAUAGAUACAUAAAACAUAUAUACACUAGCAUGUAACAAAUCUGAUAAGUAAAAUACAUUCAGUGCAUGAAUAGAAGUAGGUAAGUAUGAAUAGGCAACAAUAAGCAAAUUUCAGAAAGAAAAAAAACAACAAAUAAUUUGUUUCAAGAGUUAUAGAAUUUCAUUUAUUUAAGAAUUCAAUUUGUCAAUUAAAAAAAAAUUAAGUGACGUUAAGGGCGGUUUUCUCAUGCGGGCAGUCAUUUCACUUUACUGACCUACGAUACUGAUGAAUUUCUGCCAAGGUUUUCUGCAACCCCCUGUGAUAUAAUUGUGUUUUAAUUUGUUUAAUAUGAAAUUUAACUAAAUGCAUGUCUCCGUAUUCAAAUGGAGAAAAUAAUAUUUUUAUUGGCACAGAAUUUUUUAAAGCAAUAUCUAUAUGUAAAUGUGAUUCUUUGUGACUUUUUAAGUUUCUAUAUCAUCACAUAAUUUUUAAUUGAUUUUUUUAACAACUUAAAUAAUGGAACUGAUUAGUGUAGAUGUUAGUUUAGUUGUUACAUUUUUAUUCUGUUUUUAUGAGCUGCAAUAUAGGGCUUUUACAUUGUCAUUGUAAAUAUAGUAUUAUACUUUUUCUUGUAAUUUCUUUACAUUUCUUUAACAGGUAUGGUGUGAAAUUAAAAGAUUAAAGCAAAAUACUGCAAAAUUCUGAAACUGAAAUUUGGAUCUUAUCUGACAAGCAAAGCAACUAAAAGGGGAAAAAGAAUAUUAGUUUUAUUGGUAUACAGCAAGAAAAAAAUGAAAGUUUUUUGUUGUUGUUGUUAUAGGUUCAUAUGGGAUGCUAGGCUUAGUGGUAAAGGUGUCUGCUCCUCAACCCAGGGGUUGUGAGUUCGAGCUUUUCUAAGGUCACAACCAGUACCAGCUAUUUCCUGGAACUAAAAAGCUUAUUCCUCAAUCAAGCUUAAAGCAAUAUUUUAACUAAGGUUCAUUUAAGGAGGUUUGCUUGAGGUCCAAAAUCCCUGUAACAACAUAUAAUUUGAAAUGUUAACAUAGAUUAAAUGGUGCAGUUUAAAUGGAAAAAAUAUGCACACAAAAUUAAUUAUAAAGAAUGAAGCUAAGAAUUUAAUUGAAAUUCAAUUCUUUGUGAUUCUUUGUCCAAUUUGAGUUAAAGGCGUUACAAGGUUGUUGUUUUACAUUUUAGUUCAUUUUUCAAUUUUGAAGUCAUUUUAUGCAUUAAAAAAAUUUAUAUAAAGUUGCACAAAAUAGAUAAUGAAAAAAUAAUACAUUUAGAAAAUCAAUUUUUGUAUGAUUCUUAGUCUGAUUUGAGUUAAAGGUGUUGUAAUUUAGUUCAUUUUUCACAAGUUAUUGGUUUAGACCACAGGUUUAUAAAAUUUAUGUUUUUUAAUGUAUUUCUCACUGUGAGUGAAAAACAGUCUUUACCCCCAGUUUCAAAUACGAGCAGGGAAAUGGUUGGUGCAUUUUGUUAAUUUUAGGAUCUAUGUUUGAUUUAAAGCAGCCUUCAGCUUUUAUUUUUAAUACAUUUUGUCUUGGAAAAGUGCAUCACUGUUGGGCCAUCUUCAAAACAGUGUCCCGAGGGUUAUUUAUAGGGCACCAGUGACAUUUGUUUAUAAAAAAAAGAAGUUUCUAAAAAUAGAAAAUCUGUAAACAAAUCAUUCACUUUACUAAUUGACAAUAGAGAGCGAACCGGUACAUAUUAGAAGUAUCAAGGGGUUUCCGUAUUGUUUAUGUAUUUUAUCGACUACAGAUUUCAAUUUCCAUUUGUUUAUUUGACAAAUAUAUGAAACAAUUUAUCUAAAAUUAACAUAUACAACCUUUAGAAAGGCUGAUGGCUGCUUUAUGGAUAUUGAUUGAGAAUUUCUGACAGUUUUUUUAUCGUUUCAAAAUUUAAUGAUAUGAUCAUAAUAUGAUAAUGGCUGUAAAUAAAUUAUUGCAUGUAAUUUUUAGUUUUAAUCUUGCUAGAUAAAUACUUGUGUUUUUUUUUUUGUUGUUGUUUUUUUUUUUAAAUAUAAAGAUAUUGUCAUGCUUGUAUUUAUUGUUUAUCUGCUGUAGAAAAUGGUGAUGAAUGUUUUUUGUUAGUUUUUUUUUCUUGCUUGUUCCCAUAUUAUCACAUUUUUUACGUUAAUUCCAUUUACCAAUCUUGUUUACUGGUUUUUUCUGCCAAUCCUCUUUAAGGACAGGUUUAGGUGAUCCUAGUACGAUAUAUUGUUAAGUCAUACUUUUUAUCCGGAACAUUCACUUUUCUUGAGGUUAUGAUCAUAAAAUAUUCAUGUUUGUUGUAAACACAAGCAAGCUUGUCAAUCCUCUAGGAUAUUUUUUGAUUAUGUAAUAUAUUUCCUAUCAUGUCAUAUAAACAAUAAUCUGAUACAGCUGAAAUUUUUUAACCUUUGUAAUCAAUACAGAAAAAUGUAUGUAAAAGGACAAACCUUUGUAAUCAAUACAGAUAAAAUGUAUGAAAACGGACAGAAAAUAAUGGACAUAGUUUUUUUUUUCUUAUUAUUAAAGAUAUACUAUGCUCAAAUUUGAUAUGAGAAAAUAUUAACAUGAGAAAAUAUUGUUAAUUGCUUCACAGUCUUUUUGUAAAUAUAAAAUAAAUGUGUUUUGACUUCACACAAAGUAGAUAUGUUAUGUUUAAGAUUCUACAAACUAUAGGUCAUCACAAUAUAAAUAUAUAAUGUCAAUAAAAAAAAACUGGAAGUUUUGUUUUAAAAGAAAAGACAAACUUUACUUGACCUGUUAUAGGGAAUGUAGCUUCCAAUACAUGUUUUUUUCAUUCUUUUAUUCAUAUUAAUAGACAUAUUCAGUAACAAUUUCAAAGAUUUCAAUAAAUUUCUGUGAUAAUCUUUUACCCAAGGAUGAGCAUAGUAUAUCUUUAAUGUUUUUCCAUUAUCAAUAAUAAUGGAUCUAUAUGUGAAGGCUGAUACUUUUGAAAGAUUCCUAUCUAUCUUGUUAAAGUGGAGAAAGUUUGAUGACCCAUGUUUUGCAUAUCAUUGUAUCAUGUAUUAUUUGGCAGCUGUUUUGAGAUUGAAAAAUAUCCUAGUUAACCAGGUUUUCAAUUUUGAAAAUCCUGGUUAUUAGAUUGGGGUAUGGCGGGCGGAUGGGCGGAUGGGCGGAUGGGCGGCUGGGCGGAUGGGCGGAUGGGCGGGCGGGCGUCAAACGAAAUUGUGUCCGCUCUGUAACUCUUCAACCCUUUGAAGAAUUUUGAUGAAACUUCAGACAAAUGUUUUACCACAUCAAGAUGACGUGCAGAACGCAUGUUCCGCAUGGCUGGCUCCAAGGUCAAGGUCACAGUGACAUUAACAUUGAAAAUCCUGUCCGCUCUGUAACUCUUCAACCCUUUGAAGAAUUUUGAUGAAACUUCAGACAAAUGUUUACCACAUCAAGAUGACGUGCAGAACGCAUGUUCCGCAUGGCUGGCUCCAAGGUCAAGGUCACAGUGACAUUAACAUUGAAAAUCGGCGGGCGUCAAACGAAAUUGUGUCCGCUCUGUAACUCUUCAACCCUUUGAAGAAUUUUGAUGAAACUUCAGACAAAUGUUUACCACAUCAUGAUGACGUGCAGAACGCAUGUUCCGCAUGGCUGGCUCCAAGGUCAAGGUCACAGUGACAUUAACAUUGAAAAUCCUGUCCGCUCUGUAACUCUUCAACCCUUUGAAGAAUUUUGAUGAAACUUCAGACAAAUGUUUACCACAUCAAGAUGACGUGCAGAACGCAUGUUCCGCAUGGCUGGCUCCAAGGUCAAGGUCACAGUGACAUUAACAUUGAAAAUCCUGUCCGCUCUGUAACUCUUCAACCCUUUGAAGAAUUUUGAUGAAACUUCAGACAAAUGUUUACCACAUCAAGAUGACGUGCAGAACGCAUGUUCCGCAUGGCUGGCUCCAAGGUCAAGGUCACAGUGACAUUAACAUUGAAAAUCGGCGGGCGUCAAACGAAAUUGUGUCCGCUCUGUAACUCUUCAACCCUUUGAAGAAUUUUGAUGAAACUUCAGACAAAUGUUUACCACAUCAAGAUGACGUGCAGAACGCAUGUUCCGCAUGGCUGGCUCCAAGGUCAAGGUCACAGUGACAUUAACAUUGAAAAUCCUGUCCGCUCUGUAACUCUUCAACCCUUUGAAGAAUUUUGAUGAAACUUCAGACAAAUGUUUACCACAUCAAGAUGACGUGCAGAACGCAUGUUCCGCAUGGCUGGCUCCAAGGUCAAGGUCACAGUGACAUUAACAUUGAAAAUCCUGUCCGCUCUGUAACUCUUCAACCCUUUGAAGAAUUUUGAUGAAACUUCAGACAAAUGUUUACCACAUCAAGAUGACGUGCAGAACGCAUGUUCCGCAUGGCUGGCUCCAAGGUCAAGGUCACAGUGACAUUAACAUUGAAAAUCCUGUUUACAUGAUUUUAACUUGAUUUGGCAGUCAAAGGUCAUAUCAUCUUUGGAGGUAAUUUAAAAAAGAUAUGAUAUAUUAUUUCAUGUCUACUUUGUAACUUGUUUUUCAUUAUACAGAAUUAUCAAUAUAAUUAUAGUGAACAAAUUCUUCUGUGCUGAACUCGUCCUACAUUUCUCAGCGGAUUUUGUUCAAACUUUCACAGAAGCUUUGUCAUCAAGCACCCUGGCACAUAUUGUCGGGGUUUUGUGAUUGGAUAGUUUUUGACCUAAUUAUGGCCCUUUGUUUUUUUCCUUAUACAUAAUAUUAUAGUGAACACUUCUUCAGUGGCAAUUCCUCCUACAUUAUUCAUGUUUUACAUUGCACAUAGUUACAUUGUUUGUUGCUUGUAUUUGUAUUUCAAAUACAACAUAUUUAUCUACAAUGGUGAUAAUUGAAAACCUGGUUUCAUGGCAUUGCCAUGUUUCUUGUUAUGUUUUAGUCAGUGAAUUUAUGCAUCAAAAAGUACAUACAGUCAAACCUGCCCAUGUAAACUGUUUGUUCUAGGGAAAUGAUAUAAGGGGACUUUUCAGAGUAAUUUUAGUGUUCAAGAGAAUCAUAUGGUGGGGAGGAUGGUUGGGGCAUGGGGGCUCAGAGGCUGAGUGGGUAAGGUUUCUGACUACGAAUCAAUAGUCUGUCAUUACUGUGGGUUGAAAUCAGAUAGUGAGAGGGAGAAUUGGGGACUCUGAGGUUGAGUGGUUAAGGUAAAUGACUUGAAAUCAAUUACCCCUUAUUGCUGUGGGUUAAAAUGCCAUUGUGGGGAUCAAGAUUUCUUAUGUGAGAGAGCUGUCCAACUGGCUUAGAGGAAGUUGAUGAUUCUAUUUAGGUUUCUCCUUAUGAUUGAAAUAAUGCAUAGAGUGGGCUCCACCUGAGGUCUUCUUACACUAGUAAACCAAACAAAACGG